CAGCGCCCGGCGGGAAAGCGAGGCGGGCGGGCGGUUGAAGAGUCCUCGCCCCGCCCCCGCCCGCUUUCCAGCGCUCGGAAGGAGGCUGAGCAGGCUGGGACCCAGCGCUGGGCGCCGCUUAACACCCACUCCCCGUCGCCGGCGUCAUGGAGGCGGCGGUGGAUGCCGAAGUCGAACCUGAGGAUGGCGACAGCAGCUGCGCGGACGUGUGCUUCAUGGACAAAGGCCUGCAGAGUAUAUCAGAGUUAUCUUUAGAUUCAUCCCUUCAUGCCAUCAAUCUGCAUUGUAAUAACAUCUCCAAGAUCACAUCCAUUGAUCACAUUUGGAACCUACGACAUUUAGAUCUAUCAUCUAAUCAAAUAAGUCAAAUUGAAGGACUGAACACACUGACAAAACUAUGCACUUUAAACUUGUCCUGCAAUUUGAUCACAAGAAUAGAAGGACUUGAAGCACUGGUUAAUCUGACUAGACUGAAUUUGUCUUAUAAUAAUAUAAACGAUCUCAGUGGGUUGAUGCCUCUUCAUGGACUGAAGUAUAAACUUAGAUAUAUUGACCUACAUAGUAAUUGUAUAGACAGUAUCCAUCAUUUACUUCAGUGUACAGUUGGCUUGCACUUCCUAACCAAUCUUAUUUUAGAGAAAGAUGGAGAAGGUAAUCCUAUCUGUCUUGUACCAGGGUACCGAGCUAUCAUUCUCCAGACUUUGCCACAACUGAGGAUCUUAGAUUGCAAGAACAUUUUUGGUGAGCCAGUAAACUUGGAAGAAAUAAACUCAUCACGCCUACAGUGCUUCGAAGGACUUUUGGAUAACUUAGUUUCUUCUGAUUCCCCCCUGAAUAUAAGUGAGGAUGAGGUCGUUGACAGUAUGCCUAUGGCAGCACCGCCCAUGGAUGUAUUACCUCCUUUGGAGCAGUUCACCAGCACACCAGAAGAUAAUGUUCUGACCUCGCUCUUAUCUGUGUGUCCAUCUUCUGAACCAGAAAAAAUUAAUCAUGAAAACGAUUUUCAGAACGAAAUGAAACUUCAGAAAUUAGAUGAUCAAAUCUUACAGCUUCUCAAUGAAACUUCUAAUUCUUUAAUAGAUAAUGUUCCCGAGAAAGACCUCGGACCAAAGAGAGACGCAGACAUAACAUCUGAAAGUGACUAUGGGAACAGAAAAGAGUACAGUCGAAAAAUUCCCAGAAGAACAAAAAUCCCAUAUUAUGCCAGAACUAUUCAAACUAUUAAGCAUCACAAUAAAAACAACGGUGCAUUUGUAAGUUGUAAUCGCAAAAUGAGACAGCCUUACCUUAAAGAUUUAUAUGUAAGAUCGUCUUUAGUUAACUGUAAUGUUUUAAGAGACUUGGACGAGCAGAAGACUGACAUAAUUAAAGUAGACAAAAGUGUCUUGGACGACAACACUUACCGGUCCCUCUUGGAACAGUUAGACCAAGAGAGAGAGAUGAGGUGGAAAGCUGAGCAAGCUGAAAAGAAACUUAUGGAUUAUAUCGAAGAGCUCCUUAAGCAAGCAAGUGAGAAAAAAGAUGUUCACAGCCUGGCUCUCAUUACCACAGACAGGCUAAAGGAUGUUAUUUUUAAAGAGAGACAUUCCAAGGCUCAACUUGAAAUUAUAGUUCACAGACUUCAAAAUGAAGUUAAAAAGCUAACUAUUGAACUAAUGAAAGCACAAGAUCAACAGGAAGAUCACAUCAGACACUUGAGAACCCUGGAAAAGGCAUUGGAAAAAAUGGAGAAGCAGAAAGCACAGCAGCAGCAGGCACAGAUGAGACUUCUCCAAGAGGUGGAGCUCAAAGCCUCGGCUGCUGAUCGAGAAAUAAACUUACUUCGAACUUCUCUUCACCAAGAAAAGGAGCAAGUGCAACAACUUCAUGAACUUCUGGCAUUGAAAGAAGAGGAACACAGGAAAGAAAUUGAAACUAGGGAGUUUUUCAGUGAUGCAGAGUUUCAGGAUGCACUAGCUAAAGAAAUGUCCAAAGAAGAAAGAAAGCAUGAGCAAGAAGUAAAAGAAUACCAAGAAAAAAUUGAUAUAUUAAACCAGCAGUAUUUGGAUUUAGAAAACGAAUUCCGUAUUGCUUUAACUGUGGAAGCCAGAAGAUUUAAAGAUGUUCAAGAUGGUUUUGAAGAUGUUGCAACUGAGUUAGCCAAGAGCAAACAUGCUCUUAUUUGGGCUCAACGCAAAGAAAAUGAAUCAUCAUCUUUAAUUAAAGAUCUGACCUGUAUGGUGAAGGAACAAAAGACAAAACUCUCAGAAGUCUCCAAAUUGAAACAGGAAGCAGCCGCGAAUUUACAGAAUCAAAUCAACACUCUGGAAAUUUUGAUUGAAGAUGACAAGCAGAAGAGCAUUCAAAUAGAAAUUCUUAAGCAUGAAAAAACGCAGCUUAUUUCUGAGCUAGCAGCCAAGGAGUCACUGAUCUAUGGUUUAAGGACAGAACGAAAAGUAUGGGGACACGAACUCGCACAUCAGGGAUCGUCACUAGCUCAGAGUCGUGGGAAAUUGGAAGCCCAAAUUGAAAGUUUAUGCAGAGAGAAUGAAUCUCUGAGAAAAAGCCAUGAAAGUGACUGUGAUGCCUUGAGAAUAAAGUGCAAAAUCAUCGAGGACCAAACUGAAACCAUCAGAAAAUUAAAAGACUGUUUACAAGAAAAAGAUGACCAAAUCAAAUUAUUACAAGAAAAGAUCACUUUCGUAGAAAAAUGUACUCAAGAGCAACUUAGUGAAAAAUGUUCACAACUAGAUAAUGUGAUUGAAAAAUUAGAAAGACACAAUGAGAGAAAGGAAAAACUAAAACAACAGUUGAAAACAAAGGAAUUAGAACUUGAAGAAAUCAGAAAAGCUUACAGCACAUUAAAUCAGAAAUGGCAUGAUAAAGGAGAACUACUCUGUCAUCUUGAAACACAAGUAAAAGAAGUCAAAGAAAAAUUUGAAAACAAAGAAAAGAAACUUAAAGCAGAGAGAGACAAAAGCCUUGAGCUACAAAAGGAUGCACUAGAAAAGCUUCAAAGCAUGGAUGAUGCUUUUAAAAAACAAGUUGAUGCAAUUGUUGAAGCUCAUCAAGCUGAAAUAAUACAACUAACAAAUGAGAAGCAGAAAUAUAUUGAUUGUGCGAAUUUAAAGUUUAUUUAUAUGAUGGAUUACAUUGAUAGAUUUUUGUGUGCUGGACCAGCCCUGCAUCUCUGGGAUGAAGCCUACUUGAUCAUAACGGAAGAGGGUAUUUUUUUUUGGGGGGGGGGGGUUUGAUGUUUUCUUGGAUUUGGGUUUGCUACCAUUUUUGAGAAUUUUUGCAUUGAUGUUCAUGAGUGAGAUUGGUUGGUAUGUAGUUUUCUUUCUUAUUUGAGCCUUUUUGUGCUUUGGGUAUCAGAGUAACUGUAGCUUCAUAAAAAGAGUUUGGCAAUGACUCUUUUUGUUUCUACUAUGUGGAACACAUUAAGGAGUAUAGGUAUUAGCUCUUCUUGGAAGUUCUGGUAGAAUUCUGCACUAAAACUAUCUGGCCCUGGGCUUUUUUUGUUGGGAGGUUUUUGAUAACAGCUUCUAUUUCCUUGCGAGUUAUAGGUCUAUUAAAUUGCUCACCUGGUCUUGAUUUACUUUUGGUACAUGGUAUUUAUCUAAAAAAUUGUCCAUUUCUUUUACAUUUUCCAAUUUUGUAAAGUAAAGGCUUUUGUAAUAAGAACAAAUGAUUCUCUGAAUUUCCUCAAUGUCUGUUGUUAUGUCCACCUUUUCAUUUCUGAUCUUGUUAAUUUUAGUGUUCUCUCUCUGCCUUUUGAUUAAUUUGGAUGUGGGUUUGUUCAUCUUGUUGAUUUUCUCAAAGAAUCAGCUCUUUGUUUCAUUGAUUCUUUGGAUUGUUUUCUGUAUUUCUGUUUUGUUGAUUUCAGCCCUUAGUUUGAUUAUUUUCAGUCUUCUACUCCUCUUGCGUGAGUCUGCUUCUUUUAUUUCUAGAGCUUUCAGGUGUGCUGUUAAGUCUCUAAUGUGACCUUUCUCUGUUUUCUUUAUGUGGGCAUUUAGUGCUAUGAACUUUCCUCUUAGCACUGCUUUCAUAGUGUCCCGUAGGUUUGGGUAUGUUGUGCCUUCGUUUUCAUUGAAUUUAAGGAAGACUUUAAUUUCUUUCUUUAUUUCUUCCUUGACCCAGGGGUGGUUUAGUAGUUUACUGUUCAGUUCCCAUGAGUUUAUACGCUUUCUGUGGGUAAUAUUGUUGUUGAAUUCUAACUUUACUCCAUGGUGAUCCGAUAAGACUCAGGUGGUUACUAAAAUUUUUUUGUGUGUGUCUGUGGAUGUUUGCUUUGUUACCGAGUAUGUGAUCAAUUUUUGAGAAGGUUCCAUGAGGUGCUGAGAAGAAGGUAUAUUCUUUCCUAUUUGGGUGGAAUGUUCUAUAGAUGUCUGUUAAGUCUCUUAUUUCUCUGCUAAGUUUCUGCCUGGUUGACCUGUCCAUUGGUGAGAAAGGAGUGUUGAAAUCUCCUACUAUUAGUUUGUGGGGUUUGAUGUGUGAUUUGAGUUCUAGUAAUGUCUCUUUUACAUAUGUGGGUGCUUUUAUAUUAGAGGCAUCAAUAUUCAUGAUUGAGACUUCAUCAUGAUGAAUUGUUCCUGUUUGAGUAUAAAGUGUCCUUCUCCAUCUCUUCUGACUGAUUUUAGUUUGAAAUCAAUUUUGUUAGAUAUUAGGAUAGCCACAGCCACUUGUUUCUUAGGUCUAUUUGAUUGGAAAACCUUUUCCCAACCCUUUACUCUGAGGUAGUGUCUGUCUUUGAGGUUAAGGUGUGUUUCUUGUAAACAACAGAAUGCUGGAUCCUGUUUUCAUAUCCAUUCUCUUAACCUGUGUCCUUUUAUAAAUGAAUUGAGUCCAUUGAUAUUAAGUGAUAUUAAUGAGCAGUGGUUGUUAACUCUGGUUAUUUUUUAGUUGUAGUGUUUGUGUGUUUCCCUUUUUUGAGUUGUGUUGGUGGAGGGUUAUCAGAUGUCUCUGCUAUUAUGGGUAUUGUUGGCUUCCAUGUGUUGAGGAUUUCCUACUAGUACUUUCUGUAAGGCUGGGUUUGUGGCUACAUAUUGUUUAAAUCUGUUUUUGUCAUGGAAUAUCUUGUUUUCUCCAUCAAUGGUGAAAGAAAGCAUUGCUGCGUAUAGUAGUCUGGGCUUGAAUCCACGGUCUCUUGGUGUCUUCAACACAUCUAUCCAAGACUUUCUGGCUUUCAUGGUUUCUAUUGAGAAGUCAGGUGUAAUUAUGAUAGCUUUACUUGAUCUUUUACUUGAUCUUUUUCCUUUGCAGCUCAUAAAAUUCUUUCUUUAAUUCUGUAUGUUUUGUGUUUUGAUUAUUAUAUGACGAGAGGAUGGGUUGUUUUUUGUAUUUUUUUUUUCGGUCUAUCUGGUGAUCUGUAAGCUUAUUGUACCUUCAUAGGGAUAUCCUUCUUUAGUUUGGGAAAGUUUUCUCCUAUAAUUUUGUUGAAUAUAUUUUUCUGGGCCUUUGAGCUGGAGUUUUCUCCAUCUUCUACCCCUAUUAUUCUUACGUUUGGUCUUUUUAUGGUGUCCCAGAUUUCUGGGAUGUUUUGUGUUAAGAAUUUGUUGGGUUUGAUGUUUUCUUUGAUCAAUGAGUCUAUUUCCUCAAUAGUAUCUUCAGCACCUGAGAUUCUUUCUUCUCUCUUGUAUUCUGUUGGUUAUUCUUGUCUCUGUAGUUCAUGUUUGUUUACCCAGAUUUUCCAUAUCCAGCCAUCCCUCUGUUUGUUUUUUCUUUCUUUAUUACCUUCAUUUCGGUCGUCAAGUCUUGAACUGUUUCCUUUACCUGUUUGAUUGCUUUUUCUUGGUUUUCUUGGGUAUCUUUGAGGGAUUUAUUCAUUUCUUCUAACUUUUUGUUUGUCAUCUCUUCCAUUUCUUUAAGGGAGUUUUUCACUUAGGUCUCCAUCAUUUUCCUAAGGUUAUGUUUAAAGUCGAUUUCUUCUACUUCUUCUGGGUUAGGAUGUUCAAGUCUUCCUGUUUGCUGGAUUCUGGUGUUACCAUGUUGCUUUUCAGAAUGUUGGAGGAAUUCUUGCAUUGGCACCUACCCAUCUCUUCCUUCAUAUGAGGCCAGCAGAAUCUUAGUGUCAUGGUCCAAUCCUUGCUAUAGCUGACUGAGUACUGGGGAGUUUUUCUCUAGUAGGUCCCCUCGGCACUGCUGCAGGCUCUCAGAUCCCCUCAGCCCUGAAGCAGGCUGUGUUGGGGGUUUCAAGGACCUCACAGAUGAAAAGGUGGGUUGGCGGCAGAGUGGGAUGAGGUAAAGAAAGCAGCAGGAACACUCUCCGCUGGAUGGCCAGAAAAGCUAAGAGAAUUGGAGGUGGCCUGCAUUCCAUGCUCCAAGACUGUCCCAGAGAGUGGCACUUCAGGCCGCCUGGCCGGGUGGGCCCUUACUCAACUCUGAGGUUCCCCUCAGCAUGGGAGCAGGGUCUCUUGCAGGGUUCCAAGUACCUCUCAGACAAAAAGGCUGGUUUGGGGCCUGGGUGGGAUGGGACAAAGAAGUCCCAGAGGCAGGAACACUCCCCGCUGGCUCUCUAGUCCCCUCAGUCCUGAAACAGGCUGUGUUGGGGGUUCCAAGGACCUCGCAGAUGAAAAGGCAGGCUUGGGGGCAGGGUGGGAUGGGGUAAAGCCAGCAGCAGGAACACACCUUGCUGGAUGGCUAGAAAAGCUUAAGGAAUUGGAGGGGGCCUGGAUUCAGUCCCCUAGGACUGUCCCAGAGAGAUGCACUUCAUGCUGUCCAGCCGUGUGGCCCCUUACUCACCUCUCCUGUUCUCCUCAGCAUGGGAGCAGGGUUUCUUGCAGAGUUCCAAGGACCUCGCAGACAAAAAGCAAGAAAUGCUUUCUUAUGCUGGUUUUUAACAGACAAACUCUGGGGAGUCCUGCUGCCUGAGGUUUAUUACACAGUUAAGUUUGUAUUGUGUUAGAAGUUGCAAGCUUCUCUUUUCAGGAUGGUCCUGAGGGACUUCCUGGUGCUGCAUGGUUUAUUUCAUUAUGUAAUGAGUUCUUGAGAAUUCUUAAGUCCAAAGGCCUUGCUCCUGAUCAUCCUGAAGAUCUCUACCAUUUAACUAAGAAAGGAGUUCCUGUUCCCAAGCCUCUGAAAUGAACAGAAAGGACAUGGAUGCUAAAUUCUACCUGAUUCUGAUAGAGCCGGAUUCACCGAUUGGCUCCUUAGUAUAAGAUUAAGUGGGUCCUUCCAUCCAGCUGGAAUUAAGAGUCAUCCACAGUCUCUGUCUUAAUGGCGUAAAUUUGUCUUGUGUGCUAAAGCAACAAAAUUACUUUAAAUUAAAAAAAAAAACUAGAAAAAUAGAAUCAGAGCUUAAAAUAAUCAGACACAGGAAGUAUAUAGCUCCUGAGGCAUCACAGAUGAAGGUAACAAUUUAAAUUAGGAAAAGUUGGAACUGGAGAGUUGGCUCUAAGGUUGAGAGUACUAGGCUCUUGGAGAACACCCAAGCUUGGUCCCCAGCACCCACAUGGUGGCUCACAAUCAACUGUAACUCUGGUCCCAAGGAUCACUAAGCAUGAUUGUGGUAAGCGUAUAUGUAUGCAGGCAAAACACACAUGCACAUAAAAUAAUAAAUUAGGAAAAGUCAUUUUCUAAAGGAAACGAAAUUAGGAGAUCUGUAUCAAGGAGGUAAGGAAUGAAGUGAUAGAAAAAAGUGGUCAUAGUUAGCUGUGUCAGACACGGUGAGCUACAUAGAAGAAUCAAGCAGAAGUCUGUAGUAUGUCAUACAAGGGUCUUAGGGGAAUUUGGGUUAUGAAUGGAUGGUAAAAUUAUAUUUCAAAGGUGUAAGACAGACCUUUAGAAAUGGUAGAGGGGCCGAAUUAAAGAGAGAUUGCUUUGGGAGGGAAGUUGUGUGAGUUGGAGAUCUUUAAGGGGUGAAUGUUUUAAGUUGAACUCAGCAUUGGCAGGCAGCUCAGAGCAAUGGAAUAUUGGAACCAGAAAACUGGGUUUCUGUUCUCUCUAUAAAACAGGGAUUUCACAUUUUCUAAGCUCAAAAUGCAUGUAAACACAUUGCUUUCUUUUUUUCAGGAGACUCCAGACUAAAUAGGUAACACACUUGAAAGUACUGUAUAUAGUCUUCAGUUUUAUCAUUUGAGAAACAGUUGCAUCUUGCUAACUUCACUUAGUGAAUCACAAAUUAUAGAGUACAUAAAAUACAUCAUUGACUUUCAAAAUGCACUUAAAUUUUUUUUUUUUAGAAAAUUAAAAUGUAAAAUGUAUACAUUGGUUUAGGUUCAGCAAGUUGAAGAAGAAAUGCGAGGACUUCUGGAAGAAACAUGCAAGAACAAAAAAAUAAUGGAAGGAAAAAUUAAGCAACUUGCUUGUGCUCUAAGUGAAAUUCAGAAAGAAAUGUGAUGUUUGUGGGAACAAAUUUAAUUGAAAUGGACCAACAGACCUAUUGUACAAAUAAUUAAAUACUGUAACCGUAGUAACUGCUAUGACUUUGAAAUGUCUCUUUCUACACAUUUCAUUAUGAAUUUUUAAGAGACUUGAUGAAAUAAUUGUAUGUGUAGGAUUUUUAUAAUAAACUAUUGAUAAUUAUAUAUAUAUAUUAGAAUAACCUAUCAUAAUAACUAGACUUCAAGCACUUUUUCUUGUCUUUGUCCUGUAUGUACCUUGUUGGUAAUUACACGUUUAUUUGCAGACUUGUAAAGGAAGGUUAGAAUUUGAGUAAAGGAGAGAGGAGAGAAAGUAAUCAUUGUUGUUAACUUGUGCUAGUGCAGAACUAAUUAUAUUUAUGGGUUUUCCUUUAGUUGAUGUAGCUCUGUUCUUUCAAAGCAUCUAUAACAUGUAGCCAAAAGUUUAAAGUCUAUAUGAUUUUUUUAAAAAAAUGUUGUCAUUCAGAAAGCAGGUGUAGCUAUCUCCACAUGCUCGGUCUCCUCUUUUCUGGUGUAUUUGUUUCAUUAAAGAUGACAUUUAUACUUUUAUAAAUAUUGUCUGAUCUAGAAGAGCACUCAGUCCUACCAUCACCCAUACUUUCAGUCACUGCAUGAAGAGACGUCUGACUUUGCAACUGGAAACACGUCAUUUACUAGCAUGUCUUGAAUUGCUACGUCACGCCGUCACCUCUUACACUGGAAAAUAUACUCCUGUGCCAUUUCUGAAAGGAAGAAAAUGUAACACAUUUGAAAACUAGUGUCAUUAGUAAACUAAAUUUUAAAAAGUAAGUAAAACCCAAAUAAUAAGUGUUCUUACAGGAAAGAGUCUUGUGUGCUCUUAGAGCUGAGCAACAUACUGCAGUCGGCUAAUAUCAGAAAAACCAACAUGUAAUAGGCGUCUUGGAAGCAAGAUAAAGAAUAGCUGCAAACCUACUAAAUUUGAUUUUAAAUAAUUAAUCAAGAUAA